AUGUCGAUCAGAUAUAUGGCCAAGAGGCCCAAAAACCUGCACGUCCUCAAAGACACUUUGUAUGCGGGCAGUACGAAGAAGCCAAUCCCGAACCGACUACUGAAAGUAGGUGAUUUUUAUUUAAAUCAAGGUUUUGAGGGGAAAAAGUUAAUUUAAGUGCUGAAAACAGUACUGUUAUAAUUAAUGUGCAAAGUCCAAGUGGUUGAAAAUUGGGCCAAAAAAGUUCAAAACCCUCCCUUUUUUGGUAAAAAGUACAUUUUAGAGAGCAAAGUCAUCUAAUUUUACCUAAAACCCAUUUUAAAUACGAAUUUUCCUUUCCAGGCAGCUCUCACCGAACGAACAGCCUCUUACGACCCCAAAAAUCUCGAAUAUUCAGGACUACCAACUCAAAAGAUCCUAAAUCUCUAUGAAAAAUGGUCCAAAGGAGGGUUUGGCCUGGUCGUUACGGGAAAUAUCCCAGUCGAUCAUGUAAGUCAUCACAUUUUUUCCAAAAUUAUUUUUUUCCAAUUUUAGAGACAUUUGGAAUGUGGAGGAAAUAUCUGGCUGGACAAUGAAUUCAUGACAGAAGAAAGGGCAAGGAAGUUCAAAAUGUUGGCACGCGCUAUGAAAUCGAAUGGGGAUACGGUAGCUUUGGCGCAACUAAGUCAUGUAAGUGGUACAGCGACAAAAAAAUUAACAUUUUCGAAGAUUUAUAAACAAGUUUCUGAACGUUCUACUGAUUUUUUUCUUGAAAUUUUUGCAAAUUUUUAAAAGCGUACUCUAUUUUCACAGUCCAAAAUUUCUUUAAGUUUUGCACACGUACCCUUCAGUGACGGACCUAAUCCAAGGGCUCAAAACGUUUUAUUUUGCAUCCGGGAUGUAUCAAAAGAUGCAGCAAAGCGUCUCCCUCUCCAACUACAACAACUCCGUUUUGAAGGGCGAGCCCUUUCCCUCACAAAAAGAGCGGUCGCGCUUGGAGAAGGAGUUAUUUUGCAACAUUUUUUGAUGCUUCCCGGAUGCAAAAUGUUGCUUUUUUUGCCAUUAAAUCAGGUCCGUCGCUGUAGGUAGGCGGCAAAUCCAUAAAAAUUUUAGCUGUUACUUCGCAAUUUUAGUCGAGACACCGGCCCGUAUUUUGCAUUUUUAAGAUUAUAAAAAAAUAAAAAAAAUGAACAAAAAAACGAAUAAAAAACAUUAUUUUUCGAAAUUGACUAACCUAAAUUGUGCCAAAACCCUCUCUAAAACCCCCUCAAAAUUCUCAUUUUUUAGGCAGGCCACAAAACCCCGGCAGCGAUAAACCCCGCCCCUUACAGCGCUUCCAACUUCGGCAUCACUCAAGCCCAUCAUGGAGUUCGUUUCGGGACUCCAGUCGCACUAACCGAAGACCAAAUCAAAACCGAAAUUGUGGACAAAUUCGAGUUCGCGGCCAAGGUCUGCCGAGAGAGCGGGUUCGACGGCAUCGAGCUGAACUCCGCCCAUGGCGAUAUUUUCGCUCAAUUCUUCUCUCCGCAAUACAAUAACCGGACGGAUCGAUACGGAAAUGUGGGCGGGGAUCGGCUCAACAUCCUGAGGGAGGUCAUUCAGGCAGUCAGGUGGGUGAAGCACAGACUUUUUUUGUUUGCAAAAAUAGUCAUAAAAAUUGGAAAAUUUUUUUUUUAAUAUUUUGAUGCAACUUGGUGUAUAAUAUGUAAAUGAAAUUUUUAAGCGUAUCAAAAUUUGAAAAUGCUAUUUUUUGAGUUUAGAUUUCAAAAUUUCAAAAAAAAAUUGCCAAAAGACGUUAUUUGUCUGGCCGACUCUCCUCAUUUUACGUGCUCUCUCGCAAAAAUCGUUGAAUAUCUCGUCGGCUUCAUUAAAAUUUAUGCUAAAAUUUUUCAAGAAUUUACUUAUGGCCUAUUUACAGUUCGUAUGCAAAAUUUAAAAAAAAAAAAUGAAAAAUAAAAUCCCAUAAAAAAUAAAAAAAUUUCUAUCUCCAAUUUUUACAGGAAUUCCAACCCCGCGGACACCGGAUUCCUCGUCGCUCUAAAAGUGAAUCUAAUGGAAUUCAUUCAAGAUGGAAAAAACGUCGACGAGGCCAUUCUAACAUGCCACAAAUUCGGAGAAAUUGGAAUCGAUUUGAUCGAAAUCACCGGGGCUUACAUUGAAAUGCCUCCAGGCAUCGAAAGGAAUAUCGCCGGCAAACAGCAGUUCGAUUAUACAAUCAACGUCGCCAAAAGUGUAAGGAAAAGUUGAUUUAAACCAUUAGGACGAUUUUUGGAGCAAAAAUUUUAAAAAAUUAUAUUACACUUGCUUUUUUUGGUUUUAAAAAUUAUUUUCAGGUCAAAUCUUCAGUGCCAAACACUCUUGUCUAUCUUACUGGAGGAUUCCGGACAGCUGAGAAUAUGAUCCGAGCUGUUGAGGACAAGUGGACUGAUGGGGUUGGAUUGGGAAGACCGGCUUGCGCUGAACCGGGUGAGUUAAUAUUUUUUGAUGUAAAUGUCGGAUUGAUAAGUCCGUUGAACAACUGGCAAUCUCCAAGCUCUCUAACAUCCCAAAUUAACCUUUAUUUUUUCCGAAAAUCGAUUUUUUAAGCUGAGAAUUUUACUAAUGGCAAAAAAAAAUUAUUUUGAUGACUAUAACAAUUAGACACCCUCAGAUUUCUUUCAACGGUUGUGUACAGAUUCUAAAUAUCUCACAGAUCCACUUCCGAGAAUUUUAGCCUACCCUUUCUGCGAGAGAUCAUGAAAAAUGAGGAGAGUCAGCCAGACAAAAGCAAUUUUUGCCAAAAACUUUUUGAGCUCUCCUAUGAAAACAAUGAUUUUUUAUAGAAACAUUGAUCAUCUCACUUCUAAUACAACCUGAAAUUUUCAAAACAAAAUCCUAUAUGUAAUUUUGGGAUUUUUAAAAAUUUUUCUUUUUUUGGGGUACCCUAAUUUUUUUUUUUAUUUUUUAAAAAUGCCUACAAUAUUCUUAGAACUAUCUCAAAUUCUUUUCACACCCUAAAUUUUCUAUUACAACCCUUUAAAAAUCCGUCUCAUUUUCUUUUUCAGACUUUGCCAACAAAAUCCUGCAAGGCCAAGAAGCCGGAGCGCUCGCCAAUUCCUUCGAAUACGACUUUGAUCUCGCUCAGCUGGCCGCCAACUCUCAGAUGGAGCAAGCCGGCCGUAAACCGCUGGAGAAGAGUGGAUUUUGCGAUGGAAUCACAAAUUUGAGUACCAUAAAGGGAUCGAAAAAGUUCAAAGAAGGGCUGGAAAAGUAUUACGAGGAGAUGGUUAAACGGGCAGAAAGAGGCGAAGUCCUCUGCGGAGUAUUCGAAUUCCACGAGUAA